AACAUAAUCCCAUCUCUCUGCCUCCACUAGAACACAAAAGCCCUAAGGAAUUCUGUCAAUAUAGCCAUGGCGUAUAGCUGAAAUUCCAAAACGGGGACAGUAUAGGUCGUUCCCUUUGAGAAAAAGAGUUGUAGUCAUUGUUAAAAUCUCCAUAUUAUCUCCACCAAAGAAGCGAACCCCACACUGUUCACCAGUGAACAGCCGGCAAGGAUUUAGCAUUGGAUGCACAAACCCAACUUUGUCUGCUGCAUUUCAGAGCACACCGCCAUUUUCACUUCACCCAAGCUCUCUCAGAGGCCAUGAGGAGAUGAUCCCUCAAAACCAGAGUUGAGUACUGGAAGCUAGCCUCACCGACUACAAAACAAAAACCUCUCUCUCUCUCUCUCUCUCUCUCGCGUAAGAAAAAUGUUUUAAGUGUCGUGGUCUGGUUACAUGUGUCAGCUACCCUCCACGAAACCUCCCUUUCUUUCAGUGUUCAUCCAGUGGCGUUUUGCGUUUGCUCUCGCACGCAUAUAGCUGGCCAGCCAUCUAUGGUUGUUCAACUGCUGUCUACAUAACUCUUUGAGUAAUUAAACAAUUGGGUUCUUCAGUUUACAUAAAUUCGCGCACGUUCUAGAAGUGCUGGGGAGGGCGUUUCUGGAAGCGGGUGGUCCUUGAACCUCUCGAUUUCGCAGUGAAAUGGUGUUUUGGGAAUUUUGAGACAACCCAUCAUGGAUCUUGAAAGUCGGGUAUUGGGAAAUAGUGUUAAGAAAGAAUCGUGGAAGACGGUUCUGACUCUGGCUUAUCAAAGCUUGGGCGUCGUGUAUGGUGAUUUGAGUACUUCUCCUCUGUAUGUUUACAAGAGCGCAUUUGCAGAGGAUAUUCAACAUACGGAAAGUAACGAAGAGAUUUACGGGGUCUUAUCCUUCGUUUUCUGGACUCUCACUUUGGUCCCUCUUCUCAAAUACGUCUUCAUCGUGCUCAGAGCAGACGACAAUGGCGAAGGAGGGACUUUUGCCCUCUACUCCUUGCUCUGCCGGCACGCCAGAGUCAACUCAUUGCCCAAUUGCCAGGUUGCGGAUGAGGAGCUUUCCGAGUACAAGAAGGACGGCAAUGGAUUUGGUUCAGACCCAACAAGUUUUGGGUCGAGAUUGAAGUCGACGUUAGAGACGCAUAGGGUGUUGCAGAGAUGUUUGCUUAUUUUAGCUCUGAUUGGGACAUGCAUGGUGAUCGGUGAUGGUGUUCUUACCCCGGCUAUAUCUGUUUUUUCUGCAGUGUCAGGCCUCGAACUUUCCAUGUCCAAAGAGCAUCACAAAUACAUAGAAGUCCCUAUUACAUGCACUAUAUUGAUAGGUUUGUUCGCCCUCCAACAUUACGGCACCCACAGGGUUGGAUUCUUGUUUGCACCUGUGGUCUUUACGUGGCUUUCGUGCAUCAGUGCUAUAGGUGUAUAUAAUAUUUUUCAUUGGAACCCUCAAGUGUAUCAAGCGCUCUCUCCAUAUUACAUGUUCAAAUUUUUGAAGAAAACCCAAAAAGGAGGUUGGAUGUCCUUGGGUGGGAUUCUGUUGUGUAUAACUGGUUCGGAAGCUAUGUUUGCUGAUCUUGGGCACUUUUCACAGUUAUCAAUCAAGAUUGCUUUCACUGCUGUGGUCUAUCCAUCAUUGAUCCUUGCGUACAUGGGACAAGCUGCUUAUCUAUCUCAACAUCAUGUUAUCGAAAAUGAUUACCGAAUUGGCUUUUAUGUAUCUGUACCAGAGAAACUGAGAUGGCCAGUUCUGGGAAUAGCCAUACUUGCUGCUGUAGUAGGAAGCCAAGCCAUCAUCACUGGAACUUUCUCGAUCAUUAAACAGUGUUCUGCUCUCAACUGCUUUCCAAGAGUCAAAAUAGUCCACACAUCAUCUAAAAUGCAUGGCCAGAUUUACAUCCCGGAGAUCAACUGGAUCUUAAUGCUCUUAUGCUUGGCUGUUACCAUAGGUUUUAGAGACACAAAGCGCAUGGGCAAUGCUUCUGGUUUGGCAGUUAUAACUGUCAUGCUGGUUACCACCUGCUUAAUGUCUCUAGUUAUUGUCCUUUGCUGGCACCAGAGCGUCUUUCUUGCAAUUUGCUUCAUAUUCUUCUUCGGCACAAUUGAAGCUCUCUACUUCUCAGCUUCUCUCAUUAAGUUCCUGGAAGGAGCAUGGGUUCCCAUUGCCCUUGCAUUCUUCUUCAUGAUAGUUAUGUAUGUGUGGCACUAUGGAACACUUAAAAAGUACGAAUAUGAUCUCCAAAACAAGGUCUCCAUCAACUGGCUGCUCAACUUAGGUCCUAGCCUGGGCAUUGUAAGGGUCCGUGGCAUUGGCCUUGUACACACUGAGCUUGUAUCUGGAAUCCCAGCAAUCUUCUCCCACUUCGUUACCAACCUUCCAGCCUUCCACCAGGUCUUGGUCUUCCUCUGCAUCAAAUCUGUACCAGUUCCACAUGUCAGACCAGGGGAACGGUUCCUUGUGGGCCGCAUCGGUCCAAGAGAGUAUCGGAUUUAUCGGUGCAUUGUUCGAUAUGGAUAUCGUGAUGUUCACCAGGAUGACUUGGAGUUUGAGAAGGAUCUUGUGUGUAGCAUAGCAGAGUUUAUACGGUCUGGGCAGGUGGGUAACAACGAAGUGUUUGGAAGGAAUGAUGAUAAAAUGACUGUCAUUGGGACAUCAUCCAGCCAUUUGGAAGGGAUUCAAAUGUGCGAGGACAAUGUGAACGGAGAGAUGGCUGGCACAUCAGAGCUCAGGGAGGUACAAUCUCCUCCGCCAGUGAUCAAACCUCCUAGGAAAAGGGUUAGGUUUAUUGUACCAGAGAGCCCGCAGAUUGACACAGGUGCACGGGAGGAGUUGCGGGAACUGAUGGAAGCAAGGGAAGCUGGGAUGGCAUACAUAAUGGGGCACUCGUAUGUGAAGGCAAAGCCAGCAUCUAGUCUGUUGAAGAGGAUUGUGAUUGAUUUUGGAUACGACUUCUUGAGAAGGAAUUGCAGGGCACUGGGAUAUGAAUUGUCUGUACCCCAUGCAUCUACCCUGGAGGUAGGGAUGAUGUACCAUGUAUGAAAUUCAUUUUUCCCCAGGUAUAGAGUGAUGAUAGUGUAUUCUGUACAUGCUGUUUUUAAUAUUAUGCAAUAGCCAUAAUAUUUUUAUAUGCAAUGGUAAAAUAGUAAUGGUACCCUUCAGUCUA